AUGCGCGUUUCCAAGGCGGUGAGCGGCUCGCAGAAACUUGGGUCCGUUGAGAUCCAGCAGGAUGGCGUUUGCGGGAGCGGCCACACGACGUCACUUCCGGUGUACAGCUCAGAGCGGCGCAUCGUACCACACUCGUCGUGGAGCUUGCGGCAACAGACCCACACUACUCAGUUGGCGCAUCCGACGCCGUAUGCUGUGGUGAAGCACACAGCGGGACCGGAGUGCUUCGGCCUGCACAGCUGCACUUCCGUACUGCGGGCCAUACAGGAGCUGCACUGGCAGAUGUAUGAUCAACCAGAGAUCUCCUACAACUUCUUGAUCGACAGCGAUGGCAAUAUCUAUGAAGGCCGAGGUUGGAACAGCACGAACCCCAGUAAGGGUAUUGCUCUGCACUGCAAUGUUGAUGUGGCACUCAUCGGCAACUACGUCGAGCGCAACAUGACUAAAGAGAUGUCAUCAGCACUGCGCUGGUUGCUGGAGAAGGGUGUGAGCACGGGUAUGCUGGCGCCCGACUACCGCCUGCUGGCACACAACCAGGUGAAGAACACGCUCAGCCCAGGGCGCUGGGCCCUCCUGGAGAUUGCAGACUGGCCACACCGCUGCCUAGAGCACUGUGACCAGGGCGUCGUCUGCACCCAACCUGCUGACAGCGACGACAGCUUCGGCCACUAGAUCUGUUUGGUCAAGAAUCCUACCAUUUAAUCAUAAAAUAUC